GAAAUAGCGAGACACGGAAGUUUAUGGUGCAGUGUAAAUAAAUGUUUAAAAAGAGAAGAUGGUUGAUGUAAAAGCAUAUUCAAUUUUUACUUUUAUGUUAACGAUGGGAACACUGUUAACAAAGUUGUGUACAGCCCAAGACAUACAACAACUGACCGUAACGGCAGGAGAUAACGUUACCUUACCCUGUGCAACAACAACAGACUAUCCUAUAUGGCGUGGUCAAGAUCUACAAUAUAACAAUAACGGUCAAAGUAGCUUUGCAAACCCAAAUCUUCCUGAGCAGAAGAGAUCAAGACUUGGCUGGGACACUGAUAAAAGUAGUUUGAUAAUUCGUGAUGUGAUGUUUACUGACCAGGGGCUGUAUCAGUGUUCUUCAGUUAGUAAAAUAAAUCUCAAUGUUAAAGGAUCUGCCGAUAUCAUAGUACCACGUGCUGGCAACUGCGGGGAAGAUACAGUUCUUAUAUGUCAGGUUAUCGGAACCAUAGCCUAUACUGGUUGGUUUGGAUUGAACCGGAGUAUUGUCAGAAGUGGAAUGCCUGUUAGACCAGAAGACAACAACAAAUAUGCACAAUCAACUGGGAAUGCAACUUUUACAUUGACAAUACACAACACUGACAUUACUGAUGGAGGAAAUUAUAGAUGUAGUAAUGGAUUUGAUGAAAGUCAACCAAAACAUCUCAACAUAGAAUGUAAAGCUUCUUCCGCUGAUUUGAACGUCACUGUGGGAAAGAAAUUACUACUAACCGUGGAUAGAUUAUAUCCUUCUUCUCUUUCACUUGAAGUUUCUUUUAAAAAUGAGGAAAGCGCAAUCACUGUGUCAGGAUCAGUAACAUGUUCCAGUAGUAUUAAAUAUUCUGGAUUCUAUAUGUGUGUGUGGACUUCUAAAACCUCUUAAGAUGAUGGGAUAUACACGCACAGUGUUGUUGUAACAACCAUAACACAGGCAACUCCUCUACAUGGGUCAUUCAAUAUAGUUUCUCCUCAAACACCUGUUAUAUCAAAUGUGGUAAAUAGAGAAGAUGGCCGUGAAGUUGUUGUUGGAAAUGAGGGGCAACUCCUGACAAUACAAUGUACGUCUUACGGAGGAUAUCCAGCACCUUCACUAACCUGG